AUUCAACUCCACAUCUAAUCCCAUUACGUCUUUCUUCAUCAAUUUCUUGGAGUCUCGCUUUCAUCCCUCAGUCCCUGGAACCCCCUUGUUAACGUUGUCCCAGUACACACACGCACUCACUCUACAAUAACACAUCUCCAUGCACACAUGUAUGUGAACAACACACAUACAUGUUCAUAUAAAUCUUGACAACUCAUAUUGGAUUUCUUGAUUAAUGGACUGACCAAACUUUCAAGAUUCAUCUCGCUUUGCCAGAUUAGGUAAUUUAGUAAGGGUUGCUCUGUGUGCGGUUUUUGAGUUUGCUUUACGUAUAAAUGGCGGCCUCCAAUGGAACUAAGUGUCCGCAUCCUAUGAAGGCCACAUCUAAUGGAGUCUUUCAAGGAGAUAGUCCUCUUGAUUAUGCACUUCCUUUGGUUAUCUUACAGAUAUGUUUAGUUCUUGUUUUCACAAGAUUUCUGGCAUACCUUCUCAAACCAUUGCGCCAGCCUCGGGUUGUUGCUGAGAUAAUCGGGGGUAUUUUGCUUGGUCCAUCAGCUAUUGGGCGUAGCACAAAGUAUCUCCAUGCGGUGUUCCCAGAGAAGAGCAUGACAGUUUUGGACACAGUUGCAAACCUUGGACUCCUCUUCUUUUUGUUUCUUGUGGGGCUUGAGUUGGAUCCAAAGUCCCUCCGUCGCACCGGAAAGAAAGCUUUGUGCAUUGCUCUUGCUGGAAUUAGUGUCCCCUUUGUAUUAGGAAUCGGAGUGUCCUUUGUUCUAAGAAGAACAAUCUCUGAAGGUGUGGAUGAAGCUCCAUUUCUUGUGUUUAUGGGAGUGGCUCUUUCGAUCACAGCCUUUCCUGUUUUGGCACGUAUACUGGCUGAACUGAAGCUCUUAACCACGGAUAUAGGUCGAAUGGCUAUGUCUGCUGCAGCAGUCAAUGAUGUUGCUGCAUGGAUUCUUCUUGCUCUUGCCAUUGCCCUCUCAGGUUCUGGUCGUUCACCCUUAAUUUCUUUGUGGGUUUUGUUGUGUGGUGCUGCUUUUAUUGGUGGUUGUAUACUUGUCAUACCGCCAAUUUUCAAAUGGAUGGCACAGCGUUGUCCAGAAGGCGAGCCAGUUGAUGAAAUGUAUGUUUGCGCUAUUCUGGCACUAGUUUUAGCUGCAGGAUUUGUGACCGAUACUAUUGGUAUCCAUGCUUUGUUCGGGGCUUUUGUGGUUGGAGUCCUUGUUCCAAAAGAAGGACCAUUUGCGGGUGUUCUUGUGGAAAAAGUUGAAGAUCUUGUUUCUGGCCUUCUACUUCCGUUGUACUUUGUAUCAAGUGGGUUGAAAACCGAUGUUACCACCAUUGAAGGGCUUCAAUCAUGGGGUCUAUUGGCCUUGGUCAUAUUUACAGCCUGCUUUGGAAAGAUCUUCGGUACUUUUGUGGUUUCACUUUUGUGUAAAAUGCCUUUCCAGGAGGCUCUAGCUCUGGGGAUUUUAAUGAAUACUAAAGGUCUGGUGGAGCUCAUAGUCCUCAACAUCGGGAAAGACCGAGGGGUCUUGAAUGAUCAGACAUUUGCUAUUCUGGUUCUGAUGGCUCUCUUCACAACUUUCAUUACGACACCCGUGGUUGUAGCAGUGUAUAAGCCUGCUAAAAAAUUGGAUAAGGCAGCAUAUAAGCACAGGACAGUUCAGAGAAUUGAAACAAAAUCUCCACUUCGAAUUUUGACAUGCUUCCACAGCACCAGGAGCAUUCCCACUUUAAUUAAUUUUAUAGAAGCAUCGCGGGGCACUGGAAGAAGAGGCGGACUUCGUGUAUAUGCAAUGCACCUCAUGGAACUAUCUGAACGGUCAUCUUCUAUGCUUAUGGUUCACAGGGCUAGAAGAAAUGGGCUGCCAUUUUGGAACAAGGUGGGAAGCUCUGAUUCUACUCAAAUUGUCGUAGCUUUUGAAGCUUUCCAGCACUUGAGCAAAGUGUCUAUUCAACCAACGACAGCUAUAUCACGGAUGGCAACGAUGCACGAAGACAUUUGUGGAAGUGCAGACGCUAAAAAGGUGGCCAUGAUCAUCCUCCCUUUCCAUAAGCACCAAAGGCUUGAUGGACAACUCGAGACAACUCGAAAUGAUUUCAGGCAAGUCAACCGAAAAGUCCUAGAGCACGCGCCUUGCUCAGUUGGUAUCCUAAUAGACCGUGGACUUGGCGGCUCCUCACAUGUUUCUGCCAGCAAUGUGGACUCCGUGAUGACAGUGUUGUUCUUUGGAGGACACGAUGAUCAUGAAGCACUUGCUUAUGGCAAGCGAAUGGCUGAGCAUCCCGGUAUAAGUUUAGUAGUCGUAAGAUUUGUGCUGGAUUCCAAAGUAACAGGGGAAAUCAUUAGUGUUGACAUGACUGAUUUCACCAAUGCUGAAGAGAGAGCCAUCGAUGAUGAAGUCCUUAAUGAUUUCAAGGAUAACAUCUCCAACAAGAAGAUUAAAUUCGAAGAAAGAGUAGUUGACAGUGCUGCACAAACUGUUGAAGUUAUCAAUGAGUAUAGCAAGUGCAACAUGUUCUUGGUUGGAAGAGUACCAGAGGGGGAGAUAGCUAGAUCAUUAGCUAGAAAAACAGACACCCCGGAAUUAGGACCGAUUGGAAGCUUCUUAAUAUCUCCAGAAUUCUCAACAGAAGCAUCAGUGUUGGUAGUGCAACAAUAUCACAGUCAAAUGUCCAUGCAUUCACUUGCUUCUCUUAAGUCCGAAGAUGAAGGAAAAGACGACGAAUCCAGUGAUGACUUGGAAGAUGCAUAAAAUCGAUCUUCUCAUCCGGAAAGCCUGAAGCAACAUUGUCAUCAAGUUGUAUUGUAAGUAUGUCAAUCAUGUCUGUAAAUAAGAACUAGUACUGGAAAGUAGUAAAAUUUCCAGUUUCUUUCCUUAUGUCAGUGCUUUUCACCCUUGUACCAUCAUGUGGUCGUAUGUUUCAAUCUUCAUUGGCAUUUACAGUUUCUUACAUGCAUCAACA